AUGGCCGAGCGGCAGGGCAACAGCCCCGAGUUUGCGUUCCUAUACGGCGGCCCUGGGCACGAGUACUACGCCUGGGCGCUGUAUUGCAGCCUCAACAGCCUGCCGGUGUCAAAGCAGCCGCAGGCGCAGGCAGCCCCGCCCGCCGCUCCCGCCGCCGCUCCUGCCGCCGCCGUCGCGCCGCCGCCUCAGCAGCAGCCAGCCCAGGACACCGCCGCUGCGCUGCAGGGCCUCCCCGCGGAGGUCAGCAGCGGCUGGCAGCAGGUGCUGGGCCUGCUGAACGGCUCCCGGGACAGCAUCCGAAACAGCCAGGCCUGGUUCAUGGCAUGCGUGCCGUACGCCGCCGGGAUGGCAGAAAUGAUGCUGCAGCAAGUCCUGUCCCUGGCCGACCACCAGCAGCAGCUGCACAUCCUCUACCUGGCAAACGACAUCCUGUUCAAGGCACUCAGCACGAGGCCGCAGGGAGCAGGCCCCGAUGCGGACCCUGUGGCCCAAGCCUUCCGGCCUCGCCUCGGCCGCAUGCUGCGCCACGCCUAUCUGUCGGGAGGGCAGGCUCCCGAUGCGCAGCAGAAUUUGCUGCGUGUGGUGGGCUUCUGGGGAGAGCGCGGCGUGUAUGAGCGCCCGCUGGUGGAGCAGCUGACGCGGGAAUUGAUGGGCGGCGCCGUGCCCGCCGCCGGGCCCAGCCAGCCGGCUGCGGCCUCAGCCGCGGCAGCCGCAGCCCAGCCCCCGCCCCAGGCCCCGCCCCAGGCCGCAGCCCCGCAGGCAAACGGCGGCGCGGCGGCGGGGCCUGCGGGCGGCGGGUCGUGGGACGUUGCGGCGGCGGCCAAGGCGGCGGCCGCGGCCAUCAGCCGCAGGCUGGGGGCUGCGGCGCCGCCGCCGCACGCCGGCCCUGCGGCCAUGCAGCCGCAGGCGCCAGCGCCGCAGCCGCCGCAGCAGCAGCAGUGGGGCGGCGCGCCCGCUUUGGCCCAGCAGCAGUGGGGCCAGCCGCCGCCGCAGCCGCAGCCGCAGCAGCAGCCAGGCGCGCAGCUGCAGCAGUACCCUGGGCAGCCGCAGCAGUAUCCUGGGCAGUUCCCGCCGCAAGGGCCCGGCGCACACCCGGGGCCGCCACCGCCAGAGAGCUACUAUGCGCCUGGCGCGCUGCCCGGCGGCGCCGCGCAGCAGCUGCAGGCGCCACCCUACGGCCAGCAGCAGCAGCAGCCGCAGCAGCAGCAGCCGUAUGGCGCGCCGCCGCCGGGCGCGUACCCGGCACAGCCACCCUACCCAGGCCAGCCGGGCAUGCCGCCGCCUCACGGCCACCCUCAGCAGCAGCAGCACCAAGCCUACCCGCCGCCGCCAGGCGGGCAGGGCUACGCAGCGCCGCCGCAGGGAGGGCAGUACCCUGGGCCGCCCGGCAUGCAGCUGCCAGGCGGCUUCUUCCCGCCGCACAGCGCGCCGCCGCACGGCGCCUACCCGCCGCCGCCGGGAGCAGGCGAGCGCCGGCAGCUGCCGCCAGCAGCCUCCAGCCUUCCCCGCUGCAUGAUGCCUCGCGCAUGCUUGUUUGGAUUGCCCACAGCACGAACCCACGCGCCGAACACAAUUUGCCCAGGCGGCGCCUUCUUCCACCCGCUGCCGCCCGGUCACGCGCCGCCGCCGGAGCCGGAGCCUGAGGAGCCGGGCUUUGACCCCUGCUCCUUCCCGCCAGGCCUCAUCCCUCGGCUGGUGGAGGACAAGCUGAAGACGGACCCUCCCUACUCCCCGCUCAGCCCGUUGGAUAUUGAGGCGGCGGGGGUGCCGCCGCCCCCCAAGGUGGACGCCUACCUCAAGUCCCGGGUGGACAAGUUUUACGCGCAGAUGGGGGAUUACCGCCCCGGCAUGCUGUACUCUGACAUCGAGGUGGAUGCCCCUCGCUCCAAGCACUUUUCGGACCGCGGCGGCCCCGCGGCGCCCGGCCCGCCGCUGCCGCCGCCGGGCCCCGAGCUGCCGCACGCGGGGCUGGGCCUGGCGGUGAUGCCGCCCAUCCUGAUGCAGCCCGUCGACGACGGCAGUUUCGGCGGGCCGGGGUUGGGCGGCGGCCCUGGCGGCGCGGGCCUGGGCUUUGGCUCCGCGCGCCAGGAGUGGAUGCCCCAGGGCUCGUGA